GACACGAACAGACGUCAAACCGAUUUCAACGCUUUCAACACUUUUCCAGGUCAGCACGCAGCACUCACGGACUUAGUGCACAUUUGCCUUUAAUUAAAAUUAAACACAUAAAUUAAAAUGCCUGCUCCUGCAAGUUCGACGUCCGUUGGCAGCGGUUCACGCUCUCCCAGCAAAUUGUCGGCGCCACGUAGCGCUGGCGCUGGUGGUGGUAGCACUUUAAAGCAGCGAAAGACAACAACAACAACAGCGGCCAGGAGUCGUGCUCCAGGCGGAGCAGGAACUGGUGGAAUGUGGCGUUUCUACACAGACGAUUCACCCGGCAUUAAAGUUGGUCCAGUUCCAGUUUUGGUUAUGUCGUUGCUGUUCAUCGCCUCCGUCUUCAUGCUGCACAUUUGGGGAAAAUACAACCGUUCUUAGACAGUUCAUUUUAGCACAUAAAUACUUUCACCUCAACGUACGCGCAGCGACCCAAUUGUCGACGUCAUCAGAUUUCAAACAAACAAUUGCCAGAACAACAUCAACAACAAACAAACAGUCGCAUUCCGUGGGUUGAGGCAUUAGUGUUUUCCACUUGAAAUUAAUUAUUGUCUAAGCUUAAGUUACCCGUCGUUAAUUGAUGAACUAAAUUGUAAACAUAAUUUGUCAAAAUUUUCUAUUUACUUUGCUGCAAAUUUCGUUUAAUUGAAGUUUGUGGCAGAUUAUCCAUUCCACAAUUUAUGGUGGUCAUGUUCAUGUGCAUUACUUUCGCGCUUCUGUCGUUGGCGCAGUUCAAUAGAUUAAAAACAAAAAGUGUUAAGAUCAAAUGAAUUUGGUAUUAAACGAGAAAAAAUAACAA